AUGAAAUUAAGUAGAAAUGUUCCAUACUCCAUGGAAUAUGGUGGUAGAAUUAGUCACCAAGCUUUUGUGACGGAUGGAUCUAGAAGGCAGUAUGGUGCAACGAAGACUCAUUUGUAUUAUUAUGCGCAUGGGCAAGUUGGAUUUUCAAUGGCGGUCACAAAACUCAACACUAUUGUGCUUGGAGCUCCAGGAUUAUUGCAAUGGACAGGUGGCGUUGUCACUUAUAGUUUUAAUCCAAACGAUUCUACUCCGUAUACAAAUCUUCAGCCGAUUGUCAAUCCAUAUUACACAAUGGAUUUGGAACCAGAUGACUAUUUUGGGUAUAGCGUUGAAUCUGGUAUUUUCCAGAGAAAUGGUAGCGUGCUCUAUGUUGGUGGUGCACCACGGUCCAAUUUAGCAGGUGGAAAGGUUUUAGUGUUUGAACCUCAAACUCAAGAGCUCAAAGCUUUAGACAUUAAAGCAAAACUGAUGGGUCCGCAAAUAGGUUCGUAUUUUGGUGCGAGUCUUUGUUGUGUAGACAUAAAUGAAGAUGGAUUAGAUGACUUGCUUGUUGGUGCUCCUACUUUCGUGAAAAGUAACGGAGCCCUCCCUUAUGAUCAAGGAGCUGUUUUUGUAUAUAUCACUAAAGAGUCUCCGUCUGGAUUAAUUUUUGAAGAAUCUGGCUACGUAUACGGUUCUGGGGCAGAUGGAGCUAGAUUUGGCACUACUAUUGCUGAUCUCGGUGACAUAAAUGGUGAUGAAUUUAGAGAUAUAGCUAUAGGAGCUCCUUGGGAAGAUAAUGGUGCAGGAGCAGUGUAUAUUUACAUGGGUUACGCCAACGGGUUGAGCAAGAAAAAUGUUCAACGAAUUCAAUCAUCGACUGCUUCUGGCUUUGGCUGGUCUAUAGCUAAAGGAGUAGAUGUAGACCAAAAUAAAUGCAAUGACCUGGCUAUCGGCGCAUUCAAUAGCCGCACUUCUUACUUGUACCGAUGCAUUCCAACCAUUCCUAUUCAUACCUUAAUCAGGGUACCCAAAGCCGUGAACCUACCUCAUAAUGUUACAACGUUCAUCGCUACUUUCUGUGUGACAGCACCUCCGACCAAUUUUAGAACAGAUAUAAAAUUAAAACUUAUUGGAUCUGUAAAAGCAGAUCCUGAAGAAAACCGGGCUUUAGUUAUAGAAGAUUCAACGUAUUCUAUAAUAGCCACACCGAAUAGUGAGGUGUGUGACCAAAGGACUAUUUACGUUAAUGAGACAGCUGACUUGCUUAAACCAAUGAUUUUAACAUUUGAAGUUGAAGCGGACGAGUUAAUGAAAGAGGAUUCAACAACAUUCUUGAUAGAUGCUGCUCGACUGUCUGAUGAUUCAAUAUUGAAGGCAUCAUUUCUUGUACAAUUGAUGAGAGAUUGUGGCGAUGAUCUAUUUUGUUCUCCUUGGCUUACUAUGACACUGGAAGCUUUAGACAAUCCAUAUAUACCAGGUUCCAACCAAACAUUUGGCGUAAAACUAACGGUUGUUAACGAAGAAGAACCUGCUUAUGGUUUGAAGGUCAACAUUUCACUCCCAAUGCAUCCAAAGAGGAUCCCGGCUGAUUGUUCCUUCCAAGAUUUGAUGAUGAGCUGUGAUUUCCCGCAACCAUUCUUGAGGAACGAGGAAAUAGUUUGGGAAAUCGAAUUAGAAUACAAUUUGAAUAUCACUGAAGAUAUAGAUUUGAUAGUUAUUGCAGAGUUGAGUGAUAUUUUCAAGAGAAAUAUAUCUCAUAAGACUGUUGAUGAAAUGUUUAUUAACGUUACUCCAGAAGCCAACUUCACCGUGAGUGGAAAAUCUACGCCAAACGCUUCUAUAACUAUUUUGAGGGAAAAAUUAGCAAUUGCUGCUGGUGUUUCGUUCAAACACUAUUUUGAGAUAACGAAUCUGGGCCCAUCUGACUGGCCUGCAUUAGCUGUUCAAAUUGCAAUUCCUGAAAAGACAAAUCUGUCAACUCCUAUAAAAGGCUGUGAAGAAGCAAAUGUUGGAUUUGAAUGCAUCUGGUCAAUACCAGCUAUGGUUUCUUUCCCAGUGUCAAUUCCACUGAUAAUGGAUCUUAACGUAGAAGGGGACUUCCUAAAACAAAACUUAACUUAUAAUGCUACCACAUCAAUACAGUUCAUCUCCAAAGCUGGCAUGAAACAAACGGUCUUUGAAGUAACCACGACGUUGAAAUUAGAACCGGCAAGUAUUAUCUGGUACAUAGUCGUACCCUGCAUAUUCGUAGGGUUGCUUCUACUGGCUAUCAUCGUACGGAUCCUACAUAAACGCGGCUUCUUCUUAAGAAAAAAACAUAAGAUGCUACAACGGGAGAUGGAAAACCAACCAUUACAAGAAUCUGUCCCUGAUGAUGACAAUGAUGAUGAUGAACAUGAAAUACUUGAUACAAGUGCAGAGUUUUGA